GGGGGCGUUGAUCCCCCCUCCUUUGCGGAGUUUCUCAGCCUGGUGGGGGGACUCCUUCGCUCGCGCCUCUUGCAGUCCAGCAGGAUUUCACCCCUCCCGCCUGCUCUGGGCCUCCGCUCCUGGCACAGCCGCCUUGCCUUGGCACAAAUGGGGUGACACCUACCUUACUCCCCCCCCAGCCCCGCUUUGACCCCAUGCAUUCUCCCGGCAGGAUGGAUCCCGAAGGCCUCGCCUGCCCGCAUCCUGUCCACAGCGCGCUGCGGAAGUGCUUUCGCGACCUCCGGGAGCAGAACGAGGGGUGGAAGAGGACGCUGGCCGCCUGCACGCCUCUCUUUGCCUCCUUGGCUAACCUGGCCGAGCAGAUGCGGGCCCUCCGGAAGGUUGCCUUUGGAAAGAGCCCUCUGCGCGGCUUCCCCGAUCUCCCGGAAAGGCUUGGGCGCAAGCAGCGCGGGGCGGUGGAGGCUUUGCUGGAGGAGCUGCACCAGGACAAGCUCCAGGAGCUGCAGAAGGUGCGGGAUGCUGUCGCCGUCCGGGUGUCCGGCGUGUCCCUGCUUUGUGAGCAGCUGGGAGAUGAGCUGGUCUCGACGAAGGCCUUCCAGCGUUCGGCGCUGUGGCCUUCGCUAGCCGAGAUGUUGGAGUGGCUGCUGGACGCGGAAGCCUUCUACCACCAUGUAUACCUGGAGGUGAAGCUCCUCGUGCUGCAGGCCAGCUGUGAGGACCUGGCAGGCCUGCAAGCUCUCCCAGCAGCCUGGGCGCAGGCGCUGCAACACGGACAGCAGAGCGUGGUGGAAGAUGUGCUGCUGAAGGUCUGCUUCUUCCUGGAAGCUCCCUGAGAACUCUCUGCCCUUUCGGAUGGAGCCCCCCCCCGCAAGCCCAUCCUUUCUGCACCCUCCUCUGUGGGGAGGGGGGGAUCUUGCUUCUUCUGCCAGAGCUGACCGUGUCUGGUGGGCCUCUCUUUGGAAAGAAGAACUGGUUGGGGGAAGCUGCGCUUGGCCGUAUCCAGAGCGGAAAAGGAGCGGGAGGCGAGAGUGAGGUGGUGGCCUGUGGCUCGCUUGUGUCCGAAGGUCAGCGCUGGAGAUUUGUGUGAGUGCAGAGCGCCUCUUCCGGCAACGGCUGGGCAAAGGUGAGGGGAGACCAGGCGCCUCCUGCCUCCCAGAACUUUUCCUGGCUGCUGCUGCUGCUGAAAACACCCGAAGCCUUAAGGAACAGGGUCACCGAGUGGCCUUUUCAAGCCCCGUGUUUUGUCUCACGAGCGUCCUGGCAAGAGGGUCCUGGCUGGCCCAGGACUGAGACGCCCAUCCCGGGGACCUUUGUGGAUCCCACCCCAGAGAAUCCCCUCCUCCACUUCUGUUCUCAUUCAGGCCACAUUGGAAUUCCUGAGGGCGAAAUAAAGGUCGAAAAGAAUG